CAUUUGAUAACACUGCCCAAAGAAGCUUUGCUCUCUGCUACCAGAAAGACUGCAAUCCGUAAUUCUUCAACGCUGAAAGAACCAGCGUGAUUUUGAAGGGGGUUGGUGCAUCCACAGGCUUUAGCAGUGUUCAUAAAAAAUAGGGAACUGUAUUCGUGUCCAAAACAAGGAUAUGGGAUCUGAAGGACCAAAGGCAGUCACCAUUCAUGUAACUGGAUUUAAGAAGUUUCAAGGGGUUGCUGAAAAUCCUACAGAGUCAAUUGUUACUAAUCUGAAGGAUUUUGUUGAAAGGAGAGGAUUGCCCCCGGGUGCUACACUUGGAAGUUGUACUGUUAUUGAGACUGCUGGAGAUGGAGCUCUACCCCUGCUUUACCAGACCUUGGAAUCAAGCAUCUCAAGUACUACAAACAACGAGCAAGUCGUUUGGCUACACUUGGGGGUGAAUAGUGGGGCUCUAAAAUUUGCCAUUGAGAAGCAGGCAGUAAAUGAAGCCACUUUCCGUUGUCCAGAUGAGUUAGGAUGGCAACCUCAGCAACUCCCAAUAGUGUCUGAAGAUGGAGAAACUUCCCGAGCAAGAGAGACUUCUUGCUGCACUGCGGAAAUCCUGAAGUACUUGAAGAAGGGGGGCUUUGAUGUGACGAUAUCAGAUGAUGCCGGCCGUUUUGUGUGCAAUUAUGUGUAUUAUCAUUCUCUUCGUCUUGCUGAACAGAAGGGUCACAAAUCUUUAUUUGUCCAUGUGCCUCUAUUUUCGAGAAUCAAUGAAGAAACCCAGAUGCGUUUUGUAGCCUCCCUUUUGGAAGCUAUUGCAUCUACAUGUUAAUGUGAUUGAUAAUUUGAGUGCUUAUUUGAACAUUCUUAUUUGUUUGUCAAUACCACUACAAAUGUAAAAUAUUUUAGCUGUGUGAACUUGUGGACUGGUGUUUGCUCAUUUGUGCCCUUCCUGAUCUGGGCAAGUUAUUGAUGUGUAAAAUACAGCUCUAUUUUAUAAUGCAAAAGAACUUGCAGCCGCUUUA